AUGGCCGCCGUCGAUCAGAUUGAUAAAUUUCCUCAUGACGAUGCUAUAUCUUCUCCAAGCAUACGGAACUUUGGUGGUAGCGGUAUCGACGCCGAAGUAGUACAGUUUUUUGCUCAAAGCAAACUUGUUCCCCAAACUACUGUCAUUAACGAUGUCACAAACUCGAGGCUCAGGUGGCUCAUUCAUAAGCGAGUUCUCAGAUCACACCACAGCUUUGCUUUUCUGACCAUCAGCGUCUUUUCAGUUGCCCAAACUCUGGAUAAAGGAACAAUCAACUUCGCAUCGAUUAUGGGAAUUCGGGAAGACACUCGAUUGCAAGGGCAGCAAUAUGCAUGGCUAACAACUUGUGUGUAUAUAGCGAUACUUCUCUGGGAGUUCCCUACCAAUCGUCUAAUCCAGAGAUUACCUGUGGCAAAAUAUCUUGGUUUAAACAUUGCUGCUUGGGGUGCCGUCCUUGCAUGCACAGCUGCAUGCACUGAUUUUACAGGUCUCAUUAUUGUCAGAACUUUGCUGGGUGUUUUCGAAUGCGUAUGCCAACCUGCUUUUGUAUUUCUUUCGACAAUGUGGUACACUCGUGAGGAGCAAGCACUUGUUAUUGGUGCAUUUUAUUCGAUGAACGGCUUUCAGCAAUGUGUAGGCGGCUUGAUUGCAUAUGGAAUCGCUCAAGUGCACCAUGCCAGGUUAAAGAACUGGCAAAUUCUAUUCACGCUUCUUGGUUGCAUCACGUUUGUGUGGGGGCUCUUUGUGCUUUGGUGGCUUCCAGACAGUCCAAUGCGUGCUUCGUGUUUCUCACCUGAAGACCGACUACUUAUGGCAGAGAGAGUGAGGAAAAAUGAUACUGGAAUACAGAACAGGAAGUUUAAGUUCUAUCAAGCUCGCGAGGCGUUAAGAGAUUCGACUGUUUGGGCCGUCACAAUAAUAUCUAUCACAAAUGCUCUGCCAACUGGAGGAUUGGGGGCAUUCUCAAACAUCAUAUUGACUGAAUUUGGAUUUACUCAGCUACAAACAUACCUGUUGGCUAUCGCUCAAGGUGUUAUUAUCAUGAUCUUCCUUUUUAGCGCGGCUUAUCUUUCCAAAAGAUUCAACGAGCGUCUUAUUCUUGAAUUCAUUUACACAUUACCCAAUGUUGCGGGAACGAUUGUCUUCUUAUGCGUUCCGACUUCUGCUAAAACGAAAGUAGGCCUUCUUUUAGCAUUUUAUUGUACCCAAGGCUUCGGGGCUGUUGCUGUACUGAAUCUUGCUGUGAUGUCUGGAAAUAUUGGCGGAGUAUACUCUGACACAAUCAUCAUUCAAGAGCUUUUGUUUAGUGCAUGGGCAGUUGGAAAUGCCGUUGGUCCUCAGGUUUUCCGCGACAACGACAAACCAAGAUAUCUCAAAGCUUUCGUGGCCCACCUGGUCGUUUAUGGGGUUCAGCUUGUUACCAUCUUCGUUCUUCGGGUUCAUCUUAUGCGGCGAAAUGUACUGAAACGUCGAGAACGAUACAACAGGUCGCCAGAACAAACAGGACAAGAAGUUUUGGAUGAAAGCCUCGCCCACAAACAUGCCUUUGAUGACCUUACUGACCAAGAAAAUCCAGAAUUUACCACCAAUUAG